GACAGCGACAUUAGGUCCGACAGCACUUCCCUGUGCGCAUAUGAACCUUCUUUGGCGUUUUCUUUCGCGGGACCUCUUUUGACUCUCUCUCUCCGCUUUCUGCAUUCAGCGUUUGACACCGAACCAACUUCGAUUUUCUUCGGAAGCAGCUGCAACUGGUGCUGGAGGGAACAAAAAACCCUAGAUCUGCGAUGCUCCAUCUCCGGCAACGGCGGGAUUCUACUCCGGCCACCACCAGGUGGCAAAACAAGUUUGAGGAGAAUUUGGAGCAGUGGCCGCACCUCAAUGAGCUUGUUCACUGCUACACCACUGACUGGGUCAAGGAUGAAAACAAGUACGGCCACUACGAGAGCGUUGGAACGCCUUUGUUUCACAACCAGAUAUAUGAAGGCCCUGACACUGAUAUUGAGACAGAAAUGCGCCUUGCUGGGGCGAGACGAACAAAGGGUGAAGACAUUAGUGAGGAUGACAUCCCUAGUACUUCAGGAAGGCAGUUUAUGGAGGCUGCAGAGGGCGACAUGCCCCAUUCGGAUGUCCCAAAGCAUGUUGGUCAAUCUCCUCUUCCUGCUUAUGAACCCGCAUUUGAUUGGGAAAAUGAGAGGUCGUUGAUAUUUGGACAAAGGAUACCGGAAACUCCUAUAUCACAUGGAAUGAAGAUCUCUGUAAAAGUUCAGUCUUUGCAGUUUCACGCCGGAUUAGUUGAGCCCUUUUAUGGUACAAUUUGCUUGUACAAUAGGGAGAGAAGAGAAAAGUUAUCAGAAGACUUUUACUUUUCUGUCUUACCAACAGAAAUGCAGAAUGCUAAAAUUACAUAUGAACCACGUGCAGUAUUUUAUUUAGAUGCACCAUCUGCUUCAGUUUGCUUGUUGAUCCAGUUGGAAAAGCAUGCUACAGAAGAAGGCGGGGUUACUCAUUCUGUUUAUUCGCGGAAAGAUCCAGUGCACUUGACUGAGAGAGAGAAGCAAAAACUUCAGGUGUGGUCUCAAAUCAUGCCAUACAAAGAGUCCUUUGCGUGGGCCAUGGUAUCAUUAUUUGAUAGCAGCACAGGUGCAGCUUCAGUGGGGCCUGCUUCCCCAAGCAGCCCUCUUGCUCCGAGUGUAUCUGGUUCAAGUUCUCAUGAAGGUGUUUUUGAGACUAGUGCGAAGAUCUCCUUAGACGGGAAGCUGAGUUACUCAAAUGGAAAUUCUGUUGUAGUUGAGGUUUCGAACUUAAAUAAAGUUAAGGAGUGCUAUACUGAGGAAUCACUUCAGGACCCCAAACGCAAAGUGCAUAAACCUGUCAAAGGUGUUCUGAAGCUAGAAAUUGAAAAGCACCAGAUUUCCCAGUCUGAUUUGGAGAAUGUGUCAGAAAAUGGCAGUACAACCAAUGAUUCUGUUGACCCAGGUGAUCGUAUUGCAGAAUCAUCUGGAAAGUAUCCUGUUAAUGUUGGUGAUGAUCCUCAGGGUAGUAUCUCCAAGUGGAACUUCCAUGAUGGGAAAGACAUUUCAGCAAAUGGAGCAAAUCAACAUGGAAGCGCAGAUUUUAAUGCUGAUGAUUUCCAUGCUUUUGACUUCCGCACUACAACAAGAAACGAGCCGUUUUUGCAACUUUUUCACUGUCUGUAUGUGUAUCCAUUGACUGUAAGUUUGAGUAGGAAGAGGAAUUUAUUCAUACGGGUUGAACUGCGGGAGGAUGACGGUGAUGUUCGUAGGCAUCCAUUGGAGGCAAUGUAUCCAAGAGAUCCAGGUCUUGAUGCCUCAUUUCAGAAGUGGGCCCACACCCAAGUUGCCGUUGGGGCUAGAGCUGCUUGCUAUCAUGAUGAAAUCAAACUUUCCCUUCCUGCCAUGUGGACACCAACGCACCACCUUCUGUUUACUUUUUUUCAUGUUGAUAUGCAAACAAAACUUGAAGCUCCGAAGCCAGUAGUGAUUGGAUAUGCAGCACUUCCUUUAUCGUCACAUGCUCAGCUGCGAUCAGAAAUAACUCUUCCAAUCAUGAAAGAGUUGGUUCCUCACUAUCUCCAGGAUAUGGGACGGGAGAGAUUGGACUAUUUGGAAGAUGGUAAACAUGUUUUCCGACUGCGUUUACGGCUAUGUUCUUCUUUAUACCCUAUCAAUGAACGCAUCAGAGACUUUUUUCUUGAAUAUGAUCGACACACUCUUCGAACAAGUCCACCUUGGGGUUCUGAACUUCUGGAGGCUAUUAAUAGUUUGAAGAAUGUUGAUUCCACUGCUUUACUUCAGUUUCUUCACCCAAUCCUUAACAUGCUGCUUCAUCUUAUUGGCAAUGGGGGAGAAACACUCCAGGUUGCAGCUUUCCGUGCAAUGGUUAACAUUGUUACCAGGGUGCAGCAGGAAUCAGUUGAUGAUGCUGAAAGAAAUCAUUUUCUAGUCAACUAUGUUGAUUAUGCUUUUGAUGACUUUGGUGGUCGUCAACCACCAGUAUACCCUGGUUUGUCCACUGUUUGGGGAAGCCUGGCUCGAAGUAAGGCUAAAGGCUACCGUGUUGGACCUGUGUAUGAUGAUGUUUUGGCAAUGGCAUGGUUUUUUCUGGAGCUAAUUGUUAAAUCAAUGGCAUUGGAGAAGACUCGCCUCUUUUAUCAUAGUAUUCCAAUAGGAGAAGAUAUACCACCAAUGCAGCUGAAGGAUGGUGUAUUUAGAUGUAUAAUGCAGUUGUAUGAUUGCCUUCUUACUGAGGUGCAUGAACGUUGUAAGAAGGGUUUAAGCUUGGCAAAGCGCUUGAACAGUAGUUUGGCCUUUUUCUGUUAUGAUCUUCUAUCCAUUGUUGAGCCUCGUCAAGUUUUCGAGUUGGUAUCAUUAUAUCUCGAUAAGUUCUCUGGCGUAUGCCAAUCAGUGCUUCAUGAGUGCAAACUUACCUUUCUGCAAAUCAUUUGUGAUCAUGAUCUAUUUGUGGAAAUGCCUGGGAGAGACCCUUCAGAUAGGAACUACCUUUCUUCUGUAUUAAUACAAGAACUCUUUCUUACAUGGGACCAUGAAGAUUUGUCUUUACGGGCAAAGGCAGCAAGAAUCCUGGUAGUGCUGUUGUGCAAGCAUGAGUUUGAUGUGAGGUACCAGAAGCCUGAAGAUAAGUUGUAUAUCGCUCAGCUAUAUUUCCCUCUUAUUGGACAGAUUUUAGAUGAAAUGCCUGUUUUCUACAACCUGAAUUCUGUUGAGAAGCGUGAAGUGGCAAUUGUGAUUUUACAAAUAGUUAGAAACCUUGAUGAUGGAUCACUUGUGAAGGCAUGGCAGCAAAGCAUUGCGCGGACAAGAUUGUUUUUCAAGCUCAUGGAGGAAUGCUUAUUGCUAUUUGAGCACAAAAAACCUGCUGAUGGAAUGCUACUUGGCUCCAGUUCUCGCAACCCUGUAGGGGAGGCACCUGCUUCCCCGAAAUACUCUGAUAGACUCUCUCCUGCAAUUAACAGCUAUUUGUCUGAGGCCUCUAGACAGGAAGUAAGGCCUCAGGGAACACCCGAUAAUGGCUAUUUAUGGCAGAGAGUGAAUUCCCAGUUAAGUUCCCCCAGCCAGCCUUAUUCUUUAAGAGAAGCACUAGCUCAAGCACAGUCUUCUAGGAUUGGAGCUUCUGCUCAAGCACUCAGAGAAUCUUUACAUCCACUUUUGAGACAGAAAUUGGAACUUUGGGAGGAAAAUUUGAGUGCUUCCGUCAGCCUUCAGGUUUUGGAAAUGACUGAAAAAUUCUCCAUGAUGGCAGCCUCUCACAGCAUUGCUACUGAUUAUGGAAAACUGGAUUGCAUCACUGCUGUAUUCAUGAGCUUUUUAUCUAGAAAUCAGCCACUGACAUUUUGGAAAGCAUUUUUUCCUAUAUUUAAUUGUGUUUUUGAUUUACACGGGGCAACUUUGAUGGCGAGGGAAAAUGAUCGUUUUCUAAAGCAAGUCACUUUCCAUCUUCUUCGGCUUGCAGUUUUCCGAAAUGAGAACAUCAGGAAAAGGGCAGUCGUUGGGCUUCAAAUACUUGUGAGGAGUUCUUUUUAUUUCUUUAUGCAGACAGCAAGGUUGAGAGUCAUGUUGAUUAUCACAUUAUCAGAGCUAAUGUCUGAUGUGCAAGUUACUCAGAUGAGAUCUGAUGGAAGCCUAGAAGAAAGUGGUGAAGCACGGCGACUUAGAAAGUCAUUGGAUGAAGUGAAGGAUGAGACCAAAAAUGCUUCCCUAUUAUAUGAGUGUGGAUUACCUGAGACUACUCUUCUGACCAUACCAGAUAAAAUGACAGAGAAUAGGUGGUCCUGGUCAGAGGUGACAUAUCUGUCCAACAGUCUUCUUUUGGCCCUUGAUGCUAGUUUGGAGCAUGCACUAUUGGCCCCUGUGAUGAGUAUGGAUAGGUAUGCUGCUGCAGAAAGCUUCUAUAAACUGGCAAUGGCGUUUGCUCCAGUCCCUGAUCUUCACAUUAUGUGGUUGCUUCAUCUCUGUGAUGCGCACCAGGAAAUGCAGUCAUGGGCUGAAGCUGCUCAGUGUGCAGUAGCUGUCGCUGGUGUUGUUAUGCAGGCCCUUGUUGCUAGAAAUGAUGGUGUUUGGAGCAAAGACCAUGUUGCUGCUUUGCGAAAGAUUUGCCCUAUGGUCAGCAGUGAAAUCUCCUCAGAAGCCUCUGCAGCAGAGGUAGAGGGAUAUGGUGCUUCUAAACUGACAGUUGACUCUGCUGUAAAGUAUCUUCAGCUUGCUAAUAAGCUCUUCUUACAAGCUGAACUUUUCCAUUUCUGUGCAAGCAUUCUGGAACUUGUGAUCCCAGUUUAUAAAAGCAGGAGGGCAUACGGACAGCUGGCUAAAUGUCACACACUGCUUACCAAUAUCUAUGAGUCAAUAGUUGGACAGGAAUCUAGUCCAAUUCCAUUUACUGAUGCAACAUACUACAGGGUUGGGUUUUACGGUGACAGAUUUGGGAAACUCGACAAAAAAGAGUAUGUAUAUCGCGAGCCUCGUGAUAUACGUCUAGGUGACAUCAUGGAAAAACUUAGUCACAUAUAUGAGUCUAGGAUGGAUGGUAAUCACACUUUACAUAUUAUACCGGACUCUAGACAAGUAAAGUCAGAGGAGUUACAACCUGGUGUCUGCUACCUUCAGAUUACUGCGGUUGAUCCGGUCAUGGAAGAUGAGGAUUUAGGAAGCAGAAGAGAGAGAAUUUUCUCCCUUUCUACUGGGAGUGUGCGAGCUCGAGUAUUUGACCGGUUUUUGUUUGAUACCCCCUUCACAAAAAAUGGCAAGACUCAAGGUGGAUUGGAAGACCAGUGGAAGAGACGCACUGUACUUCAGACUGAGGGUUCAUUUCCAGCUUUAGUAAAUAGGCUUUUGGUAACUAAAUCCGAGUCACUUGAAUUCUCUCCUGUAGAGAAUGCAAUUGGAAUGAUUGAAACACGAACAGCUGCAUUAAGAAAUGAACUUGAAGAGCCUCGUAGUUCGGAGGGUGAUCAACUUCCCAGACUACAGUCUCUACAGAGGAUCCUGCAAGGCAGCGUUGCAGUACAAGUCAAUAGCGGAGUCUUGAGUGUCUGCACUGCCUUUUUGUCUGGGGAACCUGCAACGAGGUUGCGUUCACAGGAACUGCAGCAGCUUAUAGCUGCACUUCUUGAGUUCAUGGCUGUUUGUAAGCGCGCCAUCCGAGUGCAUUUCAGAUUGAUUGGCGAGGAAGAUCAGGAUUUCCACACACAACUUGUAAAUGGAUUCCAGUCUCUGACCGCGGAGUUAUCACAUUAUAUUCCAGCCAUUCUUUCCGAACUCUAGCGCUGGCAGUUAAGUUAGAUAUAAUACUGCUUCCACCUUGUGUUCAUAUGCAUGCCCUUGCUUAUUUUUUCAGCAUUAAUGAUGUGUAAUUGCGUUGGCGGUUCGUAUAUUUAGAAUCGUGCUAACCAGGCGAUUCAAGGAAAACACUAACAUGGUUAUGUAUCAUCUUGUAUCUAGUUUUCACGCUCCCCUUUUUGUUGUUUGUGCUUCGGGGAACAGUGUAAUAUUCUUGUAUUAUAUGCUGAUCGUUUCAAGUUGAUGGCCACACGGCUUUGUAUUCUGCUGUUUAUCUUCUUUUGGGUAAUCAAUUGGUAUCAAAUCACCCUAUCCAAACCUCCAACGAAGAAUAAAUAAAAUAAAACCGAAAAUGAAAAUAAAAGACGAGUGAUCCCAAAUUAUGAUUGCGGUUAUACACUUCUGUCCCUCAAACCAGUUUUGCCAGAAGAUAACAAAGCGAAAUGGUUUAGGACACCAUAGUCCACAGUGUCCUAAAGGUGUUUUAGUUUAGGCCUUUUUCAGUUCUUAACUGCAACCAUUAUCACUACUUCCAACAUAGCCACCAUCUCGUUCAGUCUCAAACAACCAGCAGCUUCACCUCAAUCAAAGCUGUUUUUUGACGGAACAGUUUGAAAGGAAGACUA